AUGGCGACUCAAGGACCCCACGUACUUGUGCUCGGCUUUGGCGGCGUCGGCGCGCUCUAUGCGUAUGUGCUCCAGAAAGGAGGAGCGAGUAUCACGGCGGUCUGCCGCUCGAACUAUGAGACGGUGAAGGAGAAAGGCAUCGAUGUCGUGUCCGAGAAGUACGGUACCCAUCGCCAGUGGCGCCCAGACCAUGUCGUGCGGUCACCGGAGGAGGUGAACGAUGUGCCCUUUGAUUUGCGCCCGAGCAGUGCUACGAUCCGCCCGUUCUUGGAGAAGAACCUGUCCUUUUCGCCCAAGAAGCUGCCGCUUGUUGUCCUGAUCCAGAACGGUGUGGGUAUUGAACAGGAGGUCUAUGACUCGCUCGUGACCUCGAAAACUCCCCUGGCGAGCGGUGUGGUGAGUGGCCUGACGUGGGUCGGAGUCACGCUUCUUGGCGAGGGUACGCGCAUCGAGCACGGCCUGAUGGAACGCCUAAAGAUCGGUCUCUACCCUCCGCCGCUCGACGAAGCCCCGCCCAAGGAGCUCGGCGAGGACUUUGACAGGCUCGUUCAGCUGUUUGCCAAGGGCGACUCGGAAGUCGAGGCGUCCAACGACAUUGUCAGCGUGCGCUGGAGCAAGGUGCUGUGGAAUAUCAGCUGGGGUGGUGUUUCUACCCUCGCGCGCCAGCCGGUGUCAAUCAUGCUGCAAGCAGAGAUGCUGCCCUACACGUGUGGUGUGGUGCGUGGCAUUAUGCUCGAGCUCCUGGCAAUCGCCCGUGCGGACGGUAUCGAAGAGAAACGCUUGCCCGCUGGAACGGUCGACUACGUCUACGAACUGACGUUUAAGAGCUCCCGUGCCAAGAUCCGCUUAAGCAAGAAUCCCGAUGAGUUCUACGAGACGGGUCAGGCGACCUACCUUCCCGACGACUUCAAGCCCAGCAUCCUUGUCGACCUGGAGCGCCAGCGUCCUAUGGAGCUGGACUCGAUCUUUGGCAACCUGAUCAGCAUCGCGCGCAAGAAGAAUGUCGAUACGCCGCGCCUAGACUUGAUUGUCACCGCCUUGAAGCCCUCGCAACUCGAGUUUGUGCGCGCCUCCAAGGGCAAUCCGGAGCCGAACACGUCGGCUCCGGACUACAAUGUCUAUGACGCCAACCCCAGCCUGAACAAGACGGGCGGCGCGCCGGUUCUCUCGCAGUAA